AUGAUAACAUUAUAUUCAUAUGUAUUAAAUUGGAUUGGAUCAAUAGCGUGUUUUGUUGGUUGCUUAUUUAUUAUUGCACAUUUUUGUUGGAUACCUCUUUUACGUACAUCACUAUCUAAAAUUAUUAUAUUUCCAACAUUUGUUUUAUUACUAUACGACCUCAUAUCAUUUCCAUCAUUUAUAUCAAAAAAUAUUAGUUUAUAUAUAAACAGAUCAACGAUUUUAUGUAAUUUAGAGGAAUCUAUACUUCAGUUUUUGAUAGUAUCAAAUUUUAUGUGGUCUGUUUGUAUUUCAGUAAAUUUAUUGUAUUUAUGUUUUAACUCAAAUAAAAAUUUAAAAAAGAAAGAACUUUUGUAUCACCUUGUUUCAUGGGGAAUACCACUUUUGGUGGUGGUAAUUUCAAAAAUACCUAAUAUGAUUAGUGACAAUGGUAAUCAAUGCAGAUAUAAAAGUCCAAAUUAUAUAAAGUUUUAUUUAGAAAAUACAAUUUUUAUAGCAAUUAUAACAUUCAAUUUUAUUGUAGCAUUUAUAACGAUUAAGCAUAUUAUCAGUGGUAAUUUAAGAGAAUCAGAGACCAAUACAACAUCAGUAUUAUUUAUAAACGAAAAGAAGAUCACAACCAAAAAAAUUGUUUGGAGACUUUUGUUAUAUCCAAGUAUUUUAUCAAUUUGUUAUUUAAUGACAUUGGUAUUAACAAUUUAUCAAUUUACUGUAUCAUCAAAGGAUCUAGCCGUUCAAAAUAGAUUAAAUGCUUUACUUUAUACAGCUAAGGGUGUAUUUUUACUUCAAGGUUUUUUUAAUGCUUUAGUUUAUUUAAGAUCAUCAAAAUUAAGGGAUCGUUAUAAAAGAAUAUAUAUAUUUAAGAGAAUAUGUUGGCCAGAUCUUGUUGAUUAUCAAUCAAUUAAUAAUCAACAAUAA